GUUUUAUCUCCCGGCUCUGAAUACCGCACAGCCGGGGAGGCAUGAAGACCGAUAAGGAACGGUAAACGGGAUACAUCGCUGGUGGAUAUACGGAAGAAGACGGAGGACGCGCUCUGCUAUGCUGGGCUCCAGUCAGAAUGAGUGAGUGUCAGACCUACGUGAAGCUCAGUGAAGAGAAACUUAUACCGAAGUCUGACAUCUUGUCUCUGCUGAGGACCUACAACUGUUACCAUGAAGGGAAAAACUUUCAGCUGAGAACUCGCGAGGAGGAUGGAGAGCUCAUCCUCGAGGGGUUGCUGAACAUCUACUGGGGUCUACGCCGACCAAUCAGACUUCAGAUGCACGAUGACAAUGAAAGAUUUCGUCUCAACAGAAACGACAGAUCUACUGUGGCAAAGCAGUUAUCUGCAGAGUCUAACAAUAAUUCACUGGGCAGAGAAACUGGACUUGCUGGUGGUGACGUGGAUGGUCAAGAGGAAGAGGAUUCUCCUCAGCUGCUGAGGACCAGGAGUGACGCUUCCUUCAUGCAGGUUCAGAGGAGGUCAAAGACACACACUGCCAGAGACCUGCAGCGCUUGCGCACACACAGGUUCUCAAUCAACGGACACUUCUACAACCACAAGACAUCUGUAUUUACUCCAGCCUAUGGUUCGGUCACUAAUGUACGAGUAAACAGCUCCAUGACCACUGGACAAGUACUCAACCUGCUGCUACACAAGUUCAGGGUGGAGAAUAAAUGUGAAGAGUUUGUCCUUUAUAUGGUGCACGAGUCUGGCGAGAGGACCCGACUGAGGGAUGGUGAAUACCCACUGGUGGCUAGAGUGCUUUACGGACCCUGUGAGAAAGUCUCCAAGAUCCUCAUCACGGAGGCCGACCUGGGAGAGGAAGUCACAUAUGAUGUUGCCCAAUACAUAAAGUUUGAGAUUCCUGUUUUAGACAGCUUUGUAGAGAAACUUAAAGAGGAAGAGGAACGUGAGAUAAACAAACUAACCAAAAAGUACAGUGCUCUGAGGUCUAUGAUUCAACAUCAGCUCGACAGCAAAGCUCACACCAGUGACAGAGAAUGAGUGUUUCUGAAUGCAUGUGUGCACUGAUGUAACCUGGGUGUGUGUGUGUGUGUG